CUGCCUGGGAGACACGGCACGCUCAAUCCAGCUGCCUGGGAGGGAGAAAGAGAUCUCGAGACAAUCUAGAGGAAGCGGCGAGCAAUUUUCAGCCCUUCUGACUGAUACCCACAUUUACCAACCACACACUCGGGCUUUUACUCACUCACAGCACACACACACACACACACACACACCGUGGCAGGUGGCCUCUGCCCAGAUCAGUAGCUGUGGUGGAAGCAGUCGCAAGUGACUGACAGAGGGUUUAAGCUGAGGUCUGGAUCCUCCCUGGCUGCUGGAGCGUGAGCAGAGUUUGGAGAGCUUCACUUUCUUCCCCCAGUGCGGAGAGAGAGCGCACGCCAGGCACGAGGCUCCCCACUCCUCCCCUCUUCCACUCUGCCUUUUCUCUGGGCUCUCGUCCAGAGAAUGACUGGCUCCAGUGGACCCAAGAGGAGCAACGCUGACUGAAGAUACAGUACAGCAGCUCGACUCUGCCCGCCGCCCGCCGCCCGCCCGCCUGCCUGCCUGCUGGGACAGACUUAAAGCAUUGAGGUUUUACAAAUUAGCAGCUCCACUACCUUUGUGGGAUUCACAGAUCUGAUUUUUUUUUCUUCUUUUUGUGUUAUUUAUGCGAUCAGAAAUUGAGAACUGAAGAGCUGUCUAUACAGACAGAUAAACAGACGGACAGACAUAUGGACUCAGAGCAGUGAGCACUGCGGCGUGAAUGUAGCAACUGGACUUCUUCUCCCUGGUUACUAAGACCAAACAGGGAUAAUAGCCAAAGCACUAUCCUGUCCACCGAGGUGGUGGGUGGAUGCAGCUUUCAGCAGACCGCUAUAGAGGGAAGUAUAGACCGUAUACAGGCUGCAGAGACACAUUUAUUCAAUCCAUGCUGUGGUGAUCAUUAGAAAAUGGACUCUUGCCUUAAAGGAGACUCCUGCUGGACUGGUAUACUGAAGACUGUCUCAGAUUAAACAUUGUUUGCAAGAAGUUACCGAGCAAACCGGCGGACUUUUUCUUCUUUUUGGAGGACUUGCUGAGUGGACUUACAAGAUUUCCUAACUCGAUGCAGAUCAAAUGUGCGUCUCACUGACGAUGGCUGAAUGCUUGAAGACUGUGUCUCUGUCACUGAUGCUGCUGUAUCUUGUUCUGCUGGGCUUGGCUCAUUCAGCACACAGCAUCUACCCGAGGAUACGGCUCUCCCACAAAGACCUUUGGCAGCUGAACAGAACGUGGGUGUUCCAGGGACAUGGAGCGUCUCUUCAACCCCAAACCAUGCUGCUGGACGAGGGCCACGAGAGGCUUUACGUCGGAGCCAAGAAUACUCUGUUUUCUCUGAGCCUGGACCGGGUUAGCACACACCACAGAGAGAUCGAGUGGGCCAGCACAGAGUCCCAGAUAGAGGAGUGUAUGAUGAAGGGGAGGGAAAAGCCGGAGUGUGCUAACUACAUCAAGGUUCUGCAGCAGUACAACCAGACCCAUCUGCUGGCCUGCGGCACGGGAGCGUUUAACCCCGUCUGCGCUCUGCUCAGAGUGGGACACAACGGGCAGGACAAGCUCUUCUCUUUCGAAGAGGAGAGCGUGAUGAGCGGAAGAGGACGCUGUCCGUAUGACCCCAACAGUCCCUGCACAUCCACACUCUCCAGAGGAGAACUCUAUGUUGGAUUGUACACUGACUACUGGGAGAACGACGGCGCCUUGUGCCGACUGAACAACCAGACCUACACCCGAACCGAAAGAAAUGAUCGACAACAGCUCAAUGAGCCUAAAUUUGUGGGCUCUGCUGUCAUUCCUGACAAUGACGACAGAGACGAUGACAAAGUUUACUUCUUCUUCACCGAGCAAGAAGUGGAUGCUGAGGGAGCGAACAAGGCCGUCUACACUCGCAUCGGCAGAGUCUGUGCGAAUGACCAGGGAGGGCAGCGGAUGCUGGUCAACAGAUGGAGCUCCUUCCUGAAGACUCGGCUCAUCUGCUCUGUGGCAGGUCCAAACGGCAUCGACACACACUUCGAUGAUCUUGAGGAUGUGUUUGUGCUCAACAGCAAGGAUGCGAAAAACCCAGAAAUCUUUGGCCUGUUCAGCACGACGAGCGCGGUGUUUAAAGGCUACGCCGUGUGUGUCUAUCACAUGGAUGAGAUCAGAGCGGCCUUCAAUGGCGCGUUUGCAUACAGAGAGAGACCUGAGCACCACUGGACACCUCACGAGGACAGAGUCCCCUACCCCCGACCUGGAUCCUGCGCGAGUAAAGUGAAUGGCGGCGGUUUCUCAAGCUCCAAGGAGUUUCCUGAUGAGGUUCUGCGGUUCGUGCGGUCUCAUCCCGUGAUGUAUCGCCCAGUCCUCCCACAGCACCACAGGCCCGUCCUCCUGCAGACCGAGCAGGGCAGAAGAAAGCUCACGCAGAUCGCAGUAGACAGAGUUCAAGCCCAGGAUGGACACUACCAUGUUCUCUACAUCGGCACCGAUGACUCAUUUGUGCUGAAAGUCAUUACCAUCUACAACAAAGACACAGACACCAUGGAGGAGGUGCUGCUGGAGGAGCUGCAAGUCUUCAAGGUACCAGUUCCUAUAAAAGAGAUCAUAAUAUCACCUAAGAGGCAACAGCUGUAUGUGGGGUCAGAGGUCGGCGUGGCCCAGGUCAGGCUGCACCAGUGUGACCUCUACGGCUCAGAAUGCGCCGAUUGUUGUCUGGCGAGAGACCCCUACUGCGCCUGGGAUGGUCUGACCUGCUCCAGAUUCUACCCUGCUGGAGUCUACACCAAGAGCAGACGAUUUCGGCGGCAAGAUGUUCGCCAUGGCAACGCCGUCCAGCUGUGCAAUGGGCUGCAAAUUGAUGAUGAACAAUGGAUGAAAGCUGAGGAGAAGCUGGUGUAUGGUGUAGAGAACAACAGCACUUUGCUGCAGUGUGUUCCUCGAUCACUUCAAGCAAAGGUCCUCUGGUUCUUACAGAAAGACGGGGACAAACAUGAGGUUCGAGGAGAUGAGCGGGUUAUCAUGACCUCCCACGGGCUGCUGUUCCUACGCGUGAGGAGCUCAGACGCCGGUGUGUAUGUGUGCCAGACUGUGGAGCACGGAUACGUACACACGUUACUGCGAAUCACUCUACACGUGCUCCGAGGAGAGAGAGUGGCGUCGGCGGUCCGUGUGGCUAACGACGGAGGGUCGGAGAGAGCUGCCGCUCCCUGCCUCUCCUCCGCGGGCCUCCCGCCCGGCCCCAGCAUCAGCCCCCGGGCUCUGGCGCCGUCGUCGGUCCCGGGGCCUCACUCCAGGCUGUGGUACAAGGAGUUCCUCCAGCUCAUCGGCUACGGGGACGCGCAGAGGGUGGAGGAGUACUGCGAGAGGGUGUGGUGCUCUGACAAGAAACGCAAAAAGACCAAAAGGAGGUACGCUCCUCUGGGCGGCGAGAAGAGGGGGAAAGGGAGGGGAGAGGAGAACUCCCACCGAGCUCCCAGGCACACCUUGGACACCUGAGGAGAGCAGGCUACGCAUGUAAACACACACAUACACACACACAUACACACACACACACACACCUACACACAUACACAUAUUGUAAAGGUCAGACUCGCUCAGUGUAUGCUCCAUGUAAAAGGCUUUUAACUAGAGCAGUAACAGGAAAAAGAAAAAAAAAAAAAACAACAGUAGCAGGCUACCUCGCUAUUGUAGCUACAUUAUUUAUCACUCAGUAGUUCAACUGUGCAGUUUCCAUUGAAAACACAUUUUCUACUUUAAUGUGCAGUGGAAACUUAUUAUUGGGUGUGAUCUUGGUAAACACACACACACACACAAAAACAUCAGCCUCGGUUCCGAGCAGAGACCCUGGGGGCGGAUGGACAACAAAUUUUUCCCAGCGUUGCCUCUGAUCUGACACGACAGACCAUAAUAUAUCAGCCCCGGACUGACCCACCUCAACCCAGCUGUCAAUCAAAACGCACACAGAGACUGCUUCACUGGAUCCCUGCUUCAGAGAUUCAAAAGCGAACAAUCGUCACUGCAUCUAUUUUGAGAGAAACCACCUAUGUUAAAGGCUUCUUAUCAUCUUCGGUACUAUGGUAACUUAUUCUCUUUGUUUCUAUUUUGACUUAUUUAGUUGUUCAGAUGUCAUAAACUGGAAAAUGCGGUGUUGUUUUUUUUUUUUUUUUGUACAGUGAAAAAUACUUAUGAUUCAGCUGAUUUGGUUAGAUUGUGCCCAUAGCUUUGUGGGGUAAAGACAUUACUAUCAUGGCUACUUAAAUCAUAUUUUAAUUAUGAUUAAACCCUCAGAUAUAACUACUAUUAAAGCACUUCUGAAAGCUGUUACAGUAGAGGAAAAGUCCUGUAAGUGGAUGUUAUUGUCAGUGUAAAUGUCUGCAUUUACAUCUAUAAUUGUGAUCAAAAGUACCAACAGUAUUGUGUGUAUUGUAUACCGUGUUUAUCGAAAAUUCAGGUUGGUGUUUAUGUGCACAUCUGAUAAACUGUAUUCAAUCCGCCUCUUUCUCCUUCCUUCCCUCUUUCCUCGUGUCCUUUCUUUUCUCUCGCCCAUUUGUGCUCCCCUGCAAUAAUACUGCAGAUGGGAUUCGUAAUUACCACGUCAAAGAGGGAAAUACAAUUCGACAUUCCCUCAGAAUAGAAAAAUAAGCCAACAAAUGUCAGGCUGACCAACCAAGCAUGUCAUUAGCAAAAACUGAUGAGUCAGUCUCAUGAAUAGUCAGUUAAUACUGAAAUGCCUUGAUGCUACAAUGAAAUACACUGCAGGUUUUUUUUUCUUCUUCAUUUUGUGCAUUAUUUAUUUCAUAAUUUUGUCACUUUAUUGUUUUGACCCUGUUGUCUAUAUGCUAUUCGUGAUGUGGUUUGAACCACCACUUUGUCUUCGUUAAGGCCUGUUAUUGCCACUUAUCAUUAUCCUUGAAUAUUGUUGAGCUACGACUUCAAAAUGAAACUGUUGUGUCUGCUACGCCCAUUAUACAGGCCUGUCAUUAAAAAAAAGAUGGACCAUC